GUUUACCAAAAUAGAAUCACGUAGAACAACUAAUAAGAACAUUUGGAAAUACAAUUUUCGCAUCAUUGCUGAAUGUCUCUGUGCUGAAUUAUUAAACAGACGGGUCUAUACUUCUACGCGCCUUGGAUCAUAACAUAAUCAAAUUUGUGCGAAUAUCGAAGGCUGAAGCCUGUAAUACAAAAAUACAAAUGAGUAGCGUAAUAGACAGUCAUCUCCACAAAGCUUCAGCUUCGCAAGAUAAUAUUUGCCGUUUAUGUUGCGGUCACACAGACAAUAUGACGAAGUUAUUUCCGGAAAAUAAGGCUCCAAACCGGGAUCUGCUGUGGAUGAUCCUCGAAUGUACGACUUUAAGGAUUACAUUCAACGAAGAUUCAACCGCCCAAGUUUGUCAGGAAUGUAUCCAGAAAGUGAACGAUUUUUGUGAAUAUCGGUUGCAGUGUUUGAGAAACGAUAAAAAACUUAAGUAUCCACGAAAGCGUAGGAUUAUCUCAAGAAUAUGUUCGCCUUUAGGUGACGAUCAAAAAUCGUUCAAGCAACUGGACGAAAUCGUUGAUGAUCCAUUAGAAAACAAUUAUCAAAAUAGUAUUGAAAGAAUUGAAGGUGAAGAUUCGCGGCAAUCUAAUUCAGGAUUGGCCAUGGCUUUCAAGAAAACAUACAACGAUGAAGAUAAUUCUUGCUCGCUUAGCUUACAAAGAAGCAAUGGUCAUGGGAAAAUCCAGGGAAAAUCACCAACUAACGAAAGCAUCAACCAACACCAAAAGUUGCAUGAAAAAAAGAAACGAUUUAGAAAAGUUUUACUCUAUGAAGGGUACGCAUAUCAACUGUUGUCUUCGCGACCCAAAUUUGACUCCAUAACGUGGAGCUGUUGCUGGCGAAAGUUAAAAGAAUGUAAAGGAACUAUCGGUACGAAAGCCAACGGUCAAAUACUUGGUAGCAUUCUGCCACAACACAACCAUCCACCAGAGCCUUUCGAGAACAAAGAACCAAAAACAGUUCUCAUUCAUGCUUUUCGAGAAGUAGAUAACGUAUAUUUGAACGAACCGUACGAAAUAAUAAAGAAUAGAACUGGUGGUGAUGUGCUUUUAUAUGGCGGUGAUAGGUACACAUAUUCACACAGCCGUAAAGACGGAUGUCGCAUAUGGAAAUGUAAUUCUCAUCGGAGUUGUACCGUUUCCAUCUAUCUAUGUAUCGAUGGACGGAUUUUCAAACUAGCAGAUAGCGUACAUUCAAAGGAUAAAAUACAGUCGAAACGUGAACGUUCGAUAAAUAGGGGACAAAGCUUGAGCGAUAUAUCGGCCAACGUAGAGGAAGUUUAUCCGAAUCCUUCGGGCACAUUCAACUAUAAAAUAAUAAAGAACGCCAACAAGCGAAAUGUACUCAUAUAUCAAGGCGACAGAUACAGCUUCUACUACAGAAAAACAAAUGGAUGGAUUGUUUGGAGAUGUACCGUAUCGAAGGUAUGUCAGGCGAUGAUUUAUCAGCUAGCUGACGAAUCGGUAGUGGUUCUAGGAGAAACAACACACAAUCAUUUGAAGUCGUCUGAUGCACUUUGAACACGAAUAAAUGUGCUUAAGACGUAUACUUUUCUCAUUUAGAACAAAAAGAAUUGAUCAAUGAUAUAUACAUCCCUUUUUUUACAGUACAAAAAAUGAACUCAACUUCGGUUUUAUAUGAGCGCCGCUACUUCC